GCAGACGCGAUGCUGCCGGCUCAAUGCAACCCAGGAUUCCUGGACGAAGUACCCCCAAGGAUCCGUAAAGUUUGUGCCGCCCUUUCCACGAUCAAUGAGCUUGGAUCCGCUAUGGAGAAUUAUAUCUAUGACAGAGUACUGAACGAUGGUAUUUCCCUGAUGGACAGUGGCAUCAAGCGUAAGGACGUUGAUCACGUGUUCCUGCGUUUCGGCAGACGUCGUUAAUCACCAGCUAUUGGUCUCUGCAAUACCAUAUUCUUCAUCGGAAAUGGAAACGAGUCAGUUAUUGAAGCUCAUCUUAGCGGUAACGUCCGCAUUCUAAUUAUCGACGUGUAAUCAAAAACUAAAAAAGUAAAAAAGAACACGC